UCGCACGGCUCCGCCCUCCCCCUUUUCUUCGGCGACACGGCGAAGGCGCAGACUGCAGAUCGGAGACCACUCCCCUCUCUUAAACCCCCGGCACACGGCGGCGGCAACCAAAACCGAUCGUCCAGAAACCCAGAAGGCACGCAGCGGCAGCAGCAGCCCACGGCAACCCUAGAUCAGCCAGCCAUGUCCCGCGCCGUUGACGCCCAGCAGGAGCCCACGGAAGGGCGCCGCUUCUACUCGCCGGAUCGCCCCGAGGGCCUCGCCUUCCCCACCUCGUACCGCGCGCUCUACGACCUGCCCACCUCGCCGGAGUGCCUCUUCGAGGAGGACAAGUUCCGGCAGACCCGCACCUGGGGCGAGAACCUCACGUUCUACACCGGCGUCAGCUACCUCGCCGGCGCCACGUCCGGCGCGCUCGUGGGCCUCCGCCGCGCCGCCGCCGAGGCCGAGCGCGGGGAGUCCGCCAAGCUGCGCAUCAACCGCGCCCUCAACCAGAGCGGCUCCGUCGGCCGCGCCUUCGGCAACCGGUUCGGCAUCGUCGCGAUGCUCUUCGCCGGGACCGAGAGCUUCGUCCGCGACCAGCGCGACGGCGCCGACGACUGGGUCAACACCGUCGCCGCGGGGGCCAGCGCCGGGGCGCUCUACCGCAUCGCGUCCGGCCCAAGGUCGAUGAUCGUCGCCGGCAUCCUCGGCGGAGUCCUGUCCGGCGCAGCUGUCGCGGGUAAGCCGAUGCUUCAGAGAUUCGCGCCGAAGCUAUCCGCCAGAUUGGAUUAUUUACGCUGAGUAAAAUUUCAGGCUGAAUUACUACUCAACAUGGUGUGCGCCUGGAGAAGUUUUUAUUCGUAGUAUCUAGCUAGCAACUCUGAUCUCAAUUAAUAGUUUGUAACUGUUCAUAUUUGGUGUCCUGCAAAUUAAUGGACAAAAAAAUGCUAAUCUUUUCGUUGAGAA